AGCAUUUUGCCAGCCUUGCCUCAACCUUUUCCUGGUCGUCUAUCACUGUCGCCUCGCCAACAUGAGUGCGGCUCAGCCGAACGAAGCGGAGAAGAACAUUGAGAUAUGGAAGGUCAAGAAACUCAUCAAGCGCCUGGAGAUGGCCCGAGGGAAUGGAACCUCGAUGAUCUCUCUGAUUAUUCGUAUGUCCUCCAUUCCCCGAAGGAUCAGAUAUCUAGAGCCGCGAAGAUGUUGGCCGAAGAAUUUGGCACUGCUUCAAACAUCAAAUCCCGCGUCAAUCGACUUUCUGUCCUUUCCGCCAUUACGUCCACUCAGCAGCGUCUUAAGCUGUACAACAAAGUUCCCCCCAAUGGCUUGGUCGUCUACUGCGGUGAAAUCAUCACAUCUGAGGGCAAGGAGCGCAAAAUCAACAUUGACUUUGAGCCUUUCAAACCAAUCAAUACUUCGCUUUAUCUCUGUGACAACAAGUUCCACACGGAAGCGCUCAGUGAGCUGUUGGAAUCGGAUCAGAAGUUCGGCUUCAUUGUCAUGGAUGGAAACGGCGCGCUUUUUGGCACACUCAGCGGCAAUACCCGAGAAAUCCUCCAGAAGCUGAGCGUCGACCUGCCAAAGAAGCACGGCCGUGGUGGUCAGUCAGCCUUGCGUUUCGCUCGUCUUCGUGAGGAGAAGCGUCAUAAUUAUGUGCGCAAGAUCGCCGAGUUGGCCGUGCAGAACUAUAUCACCAACGACAAGGUCAAUGUCGCUGGCUUGAUCUUGGCUGGUUCGGCUGACUUCAAGAACGAUCUGAAUCAAUCUGAUAUGUUCGACCAGCGAUUACAAGCCAAGGUCAUCAAAGUUGUGGACGUUUCUUACGGUGGUGAGAACGGCUUCAACCAGGCUAUCGAACUCGCCGCAGAGACUUUGAGCAACGUCAAAUUUGUCCAGGAAAAGAAGCUUAUUGGAAAGUACUUCGAGGAAAUCAGUCAGGACACCGGGAAGGUCUGCUAUGGUAUCGAUGACACUCUUAAAGCCUUGGAACUUGGCGCAGCGGAAACCCUUAUUGUUUUUGAGAAUCUUGAUAUUACUCGAUGGGUCCUCAAAAGCUCUAGCGGCUCGGACGUUGUUAUCCAUACCUCCAAGGCCCAGGAAGCCAAUCGUGAGAUGUUCAUUGAUAAGGAGACCGGAACUGAGAUGGAAGUCAGUGAGCAAACUUCAUUCCUUGAAUGGCUCGCGGAAAAUUACAAGGACUUCGGCGCAGCGCUCGAGUUCGUCUCCGAUAAAUCAACUGAAGGAAAUCAAUUCGUGAAGGGUUUCGGUGGAAUCGGCGCGAUGCUUCGUUACAAGGUCAACUUCGAACAACUUGCUGACUUCGAAGAUGAGGAUGAAUUCUACGACGAUUGACGGUUUCGCAGCCUCGCAGAGAGCGAGGAUGCACGCCCAGAAGCUCUCAAACCUGAUCUUCUGACGGCUCGCCCCGUGAUUCGUGAAGGCGGCUCCCACGGCAACCCCAUGGCUCUAGUAGCAUUCACCAUGACAUUGCCUGUGCAAGUAUCUUGAAGCUGCCCAUAGCAGGGCCAUCCAAGCUCCGCAUUAUGAUAACCCAUGUUAAUCGGGCAGUCUUCGAUGCCGCCAGACCUGACCACUGGAAAACAAUGAUAGGCUGUCCUAUCGCCUCUGGCGAUGCUCACCGAUGACUGCCGAG